AAGUUGGCGCAGGAUCCCAUUUCGGUGUUGUGCUACGGAGGGAGCCUUCGUGCAAGGUAUCGUGCAGCCUGCAUGAUCUGGCAGUCCUUGAUGAUCUCCUUAUAACAAUAUGACGGCCUCUGAUGUCGAAGAUGACCACUCUCGUUCGGCCUCUCCCGACGACAGUGGAACCGAACACGUCCUGAAUAUGAUGGCUGACGGACAGCCCAAGGACAGCAAACAACAGAAGACUGGAUUGCAGCCCACCAAUCUAAAGGAUCCUUCCCGUCCCCGGAGGAAGAAGGCACGCCGAGCAUGUUAUGCCUGCCAGCGUGCCCAUUUGACCUGUGGUGAUGAGCGGCCGUGUCAAAGAUGCAUAAAACGAGGUUUACAAGAUGCGUGCCAGGAUGGGGUCAGAAAGAAGGCAAAAUACCUGCACGAUGCUCCGAACGAGGCUCUCUUGCCCGGUGUUGCUGGGAACGUUUUCAACCCACCGACCACAAAACGAAGUUCGACCAUCAACAGCGACACGUCUUCACAACAGCAGCCCUUCUUUCAGCAACCGCAGCAGACAUUCAACAACUUCCAAAAUUCCUCGCAGAUGCCUCCUCCGAUGGUCCACGAACGGAGUAUGAGUUCCGCCAGUUUCAACCACCAAUCACCCAUAGCCAACAAUUUCACAGCCAUCGGAGGACAAGUUGCGCUGCAGAGCCCUGUCAUCGGGACUGACCAGAACGGCGCCAAUGGUCUGAACACUGCUGGGUGGAAUGGCCCGUUUCUCGACGAUCAGUCCAUGUUCCACUUUGACACAGCGAGUAUGAACUUCGGCAAUCAUUACGGUGCGUUGGAAUUUGGAAUGCUAGGACAUAUGGCUACCAAUGCUGGCGAGACACCACCAAGUGAUUCCGCAACUGUACACCGAGGCUCGAUGAACCAACAACAGUAUCGCAUGCCGCUGGGAAGCUUCAGUGAGAGUCCGACAGCCCGGCAACAGUUUUACAACGAUACCAUGAUGUCCGAUUGGUCCAACAGCACCACCGAUCCGUAUGCUGUUCAUGCACAAGGCCGAUCUAUGGCACCCAAUGCAUUCACCAUCGAGUCUAAUAAUGCUGCCCACUGGACCUCGCCAGACACAAAUGGCACUCCAGGAAAUGGUGUGAAGUUUGAAGAUUCACCUCUCCUCACGAAUCAAGGAAUUCAAGCCCCACCAACGAGCAUUGAAAAUGGUUCGCUAAGCCAGCAGUUGAACACUUCUGAUAAUCGAACGCGGCAACCGCUACCGAUUUCCACCCCCCAGCUAAAAGCAAAGUCGCAAUUCCCUGUCAAGGCUCUAAAGCGCCCUCGAGAUCCGUCUUCGAUCUAUACGAGUGUGACGACACCACAUUCAUAUACGGCUGGGUUCCAUACUCUGAUCGCAUAUCUGCAGAAACGGUUUCAGACCCACCCUUCCAAAACACUUGCUAUCGCGAAAUCACUGGCAUCUAUCCGACCUUCGUUCAUUGCAACCACGAAAACACUGAACAGGGAAGAUCUAAUAUUCAUGGAGAAGUGUUUUCAGCGUACAUUGUGGGAAUACGAAGGCUUCAUCGAAGGGGUGGGAACUCCAACGAUCGUGGCUCGAAGGACGGGUGAGAUUGCUGCUGUUGGAAAGGAGUUCCAGAUUCUUACAGGCUGGACAAAGAGUGUUCUACUUGGUCGAACUCCAAAUCUCAAUGUGAACAAAGGACAUACUGGCACCACCCCAGCAGGUGGAUCUGGACCCAAUACUGCAAGAAAUACUGGCUUCAACACGCCAACGCAAAGAGCGGUCCAGGACGAAAAUGGCGAAAAGAAAUCGAUGCCUGUAUUACUUGCCGAGUUACUCGACGACGACUCCGUGGUGCAGUUUUACGAGGACUUUGCCAGGCUCGCAUUUGGAGACAGUCGCGGCAGCGUACUUGGUAGAGGAAAGCUGCUCAAGUAUCGGACCAAGGACGAUGAACUCGCGCAGAAUCUCAAUGCCGAAGCUGAAGCACAAAAUGAGGAGGGCAAGACCAAUGGUGGCACCGACAAUCGCCGACAAGAUCUUGCCAGGCGGCAUGAUAUGAAGAAGGAUGGCAUUUCUGGGGAAAAGGGCAUGCAGAAAUUGGGCUCUGCAGAUGGGAAGGUUGAUUGCACAUAUUGCUGGACGGUAAAACGUGAUGUUUUUGAUAUUCCCAUGCUAAUUGUCAUGAAUUUCUUGCCUUGUAUAUAGGCUUUCAA